GUGAUCACCCUCUCCUCGCCUUCGCGUCUGGCCACAAAACUCUGAAACAAUGCUGACCAGCCGCGUUUCCUCGCGCGUCUCCGUGCGCAAGACGAAUGCAACGCGCAUGGCUCCCGCUGUUAGCACUGGUUCCGUUCGCGCGGGCCGGGCCCAGACCGUGGUGCGCGCCUCAGCUGAGUCCGCAGAUGCUUCACGUCGCGCUACCCUGGCCACGCUUGGCGCUGCUGCCGUCUCCGCCAGCGGCCUGACCUCCGUUUUCAGCGCCCGGGCUGAUGAGGAGCCCAAGGUGACGCAGAAGGUUUACUUCGACGUGUCUGUGGGCGGCCAGCCGGCGGGGCGCAUUGUGAUGGGGCUGUACGGCGAGGACGUGCCCAAGACCGUGGCCAACUUUGUCGCACUGGCCACCGGCGAGAAGGGCUUCGGCUACAAGGGCUGCACCUUCCACCGCAUCAUCAAGAACUUCGUCAUCCAGGGUGGUGACUUUGAGCGCGGCAACGGUACUGGCGGCUACAGCAUCUACGGCCGUCGCUUCGCGGACGAGUCGUUCAAGAUCCUGCACGCCCCCGGCGUCCUGUCCAUGGCCAACGCCGGCCCCAACACCAACGGCUCCCAGUUCUUCAUCACCACAGUCGACACGCCCUGGCUCAACGGCCGCCACGUUGUGUUCGGGCGUGUGCUGGAGGGCAUGGACGUGGUCAGCGCGCUGGAGAACACCACAGUGGACCGCGGCGCGCGGCCCACACAGCCGGUGGUGAUUGACAACUGCGGCGUGCUGGCGUAAGCAGGACUCAAUCUCGGGAACGCCUGGCGCGCAUAUCACGGUGUGGCAGGCAGCCGCGGCUGAGCGGUCUCAGCUGUAGCAGUAAAUGCAAGUAUGCAGGUGCAUCGGAGAGACCUCAAAUCCAGAAAUGCCACUAGGAUGGGUGGGCUCAGCAUGUACAGAGAAGCCAUGGCGAGGAGGUGCAAGCGUUCACAGGGUGGUGUAGCCAAAGCGAUGGGACACGCAGGAUCGUUGGUUCGGAGUAGAGAAUGAUAAUGAGGGAUGGAAAUGAGUGCAAUCGGACGCAUGCCCCAUAAUGCAUUUCGGACCAAGGCUCACUUUGCUUUCUACCUCCUCCUGGUGGCGAUAGAAAGGCGCAGUUGUACAGACCAUGGUAGCCGGGUAGGGACCGCAGGGUGGCGUGCGCAUUUUCACGUACGGUGUGAGUAAUGCACUGCGCUGCUGGAGUGACAACGGUUCCAGCUAGGCAAGCCCUCAUAAAGUAUGUAAAGAACUUUUAAAAUGAAGUUUGUCUGAGCUUGGACGGGAGAAGUCGCGAUGGCAGAGGCACAGCACGGGUGGACACCCCAUCUGCCCAGGAUCGGUCUUGCCCAGGCAUGCCCAGGACUGCACUUGUCAAUUCCAUCACUCUCCGAUACCUCCAGCACAUUUCGCUACUUGUACUUACAUGCCUUGCUCAUGAUUAUGAAGGAAGUUGGCAACUGCAAAUGAUGCAUGCUCUGCAAGCAUUGCGGACAUUAUGCGCACUGCACGAAAUAUCAAACAAUUUAAGCGAUUAAUGUUCUUUUCAGAGGUCUAGGGUGCUAUCUCACGACCAAAUGGCUUCAUCGCAAAGCC